AUGAUAUGGUUAGAUCUAUCACUAAAAACCCGGUCUUCCUUUUUUCAUUAAUUACAAUUACAGGUACAAGAGGCAUGCACGAGCUGGCCACUGCCAAGUUGCAUUAUUGGUUUGUUUAUCCUACUACGUACCUUUCUGAGCGAGUCUUUGCUGGUCAUCUCGUGCGACGAGAAAGCAUCUUGCGGUACCCCCACGCUACUGCAAAUGCAUUGGUCGCCGUUGCACAUACCGUGGUGGCUCAGAGCUACUCUAGCAUGCAUCCAAGGGUCCGCUGUUGAUCUAAUAAACUAUUGGACGCCAUCCGCAAAUCCAUGGAAGCUGUCACGCACUUUCCUGCCCACCUUGCAGUGUUAUUACCACACGACCUACUACAACUCCAGUCCUGUAUCAUCAACAUUUCCUUCCUAGCUCAAGCAGCAAACACAAGCCACCGGCCAGCUACCGCGAUUCUUGCUGGUAAUUAAGAACCUCACAUCGGAACCUAAAUCCAUCUCACUGCUCCUCGUUUCUUCACUCACUGGCGAGCCACAAUCCAGCAGUAGUAUGUGGUGGAUCAGGUCGACGAUGUCCAUGCCGAUACCUGUCUAACCACAUUAACCAAUAGAUCCUAUUCCACCACCAAGAAAAACAACACCGGCAGCAUCUCACAGCUUCCGUCCUUUGCUCGGAUCGUCAGCCUCAUCAGCAAAAGCGGAAGUUGUCAAUCAUGGCCGGUGUCCUAGAUGCUUUGGCGUCCUACAUCCAAAACAUGCUCCUGCAGAUGGCGGCAGAAGAGGUGCAUAUGUUACUUGGGGUGUCCGGUGAGAUUGAUAACAUGGACAUCAAGCUUCGGGAUCUGAAGAACAUCCUUGCUGAUGCUGAUAGGAGGAACAUCACUGACCAAAGUGUCCAAGCAUGGGGGAUAGAGCUGAGGAAUGCUAUGUAUGAUGCCACUGAUAUCCUCGACCUUUGCAAGCUCAAGGCUAUGGAGCAAGGCCAAAGGCAUGAUGCCGGAUGCUUCAACCCGUUGCUCUUCUGCAUACGGAAUCCCCUACAUGCCCACGACAUUGGAAGCCGCAUCAAGAACCUUAACAAGAAGCUAGACGACAUCAAGGCACGUGGUGCAUCAUUCAACUUCCUGAACCUUAAUACUUAUGAGGAUCGUGGAAGAAACAUGGUAACAUAUGGUUCUAGUACCCGCGAGACAUCGGGGGGCCUUGUUGAGUCUGGUUUGGUUGGUGAGAAGAUUGAAGAGGACACAAUAAAUCUAGUGGAACUGCUAACAAAGAAGUAUCCUACCGACGACAACAAAUCCAACAAAAUAAUGAUUUUCUCUAUUGUGGGAGCUGGUGGGAUUGGUAAAACCACCCUUGCUCAAAAGAUCUUCAACAAUGAAGUCAUAAAGGAUGAGUUCAAAAAGAAAAUAUGGUUGAGUGUCAACCAAGGCUUUGAUGAUAUUGAAAUGUUAAGGAGGGUUAUUAUCGAAGCUGGUGGAAACCACCAUGAUUGUGGAAAUGCAAAGGUGUCACUAGAACACACUCUAAUAGAAGCUUUGAAGGGACAAAAAACCUUAUUAAUAAUGGAUGAUGUCUGGGACAGCCGUAUAUGGGAAGGCGUGCUUAGAACUCCCUUUGUCAAUGCCAUGCUAGCUGAAGGUAGCCGUGUGCUGGUCACCACAAGGCAUGACACAGUGGCACGUCAGAUGAAGGCAGAGGAGCCCUACCAUCGUAUUGACAGACUUGGGCUUGAAGAUGCAUGGAUGCUGCUCAAGAAGCAGGCUGUCAGAGAUGUGAAUGAUGAGCCGCAGGUUGAAAAUUUAAAGGAUAUUGGCUUGAUACUUGUAAAAAAAUGUGAUGGUUUACCUCUUGGGAUCAAAGUAAUGGGAGGUCUCCUGAGUCGGAAAAGGAUAACACGAACCGACUGGCAAAAGGUCUUAGAUGAUUCUCUAUGGUCAGUAUCACAAAUGCCUCAAGAGCUAAAUUAUGCAGUAUAUCUUAGCUAUGAAGAUCUAGACCCUUGUUUGAAGCCUUGCUUUUUGCACUACUCCCUCCUUCCAAGGGGCAGAUUGUUUUAUGAUUAUGACAUUGUUGCCAUGUGGAUUAGUGAAGGAUUUGUUCAUGGAAUUUCACGUGACUUAGAAGACAUAGGAAGGGAAUACUAUGACGAGUUAAUACAGCGGAACCUUAUUGAGCCAGAUAUGAAGUUUAUUGAUCAAAGUGUUUGCAACAUGCAUGAUGUUGUCCGGUCCUUUGCUCAGAACAUGUUCCGAGACGAAGCACUCAUAACUCACAAUAGUAGAAUUGGGAUUGACAAGCUUAAAGCACAAAAGUUUAUUCGGUUAUCUCUCGAAAGCAAACAAUCGGAACAACCUGAUUUGGAGUGGUGUUCUCUACAAACACAAAUGUCACUGAGAACAAUGAUUUUAUUUGGUAAUAUAAAGAUUCAACCAGGUGAUUCAUUUCAUUCUUUUUCAAGUCUCCGAACACUACACUUGGACAGUGUAAAUAUUGUUGCAACACCCAAAUCUUUGUAUCAGCUGAAACAUCUGAGGUAUCUGUCAAUAGGAAAUAGUAAUAUAUCUAAGUUAUCAGAAGACAUUGGCAAGUUGAAAUUCUUGCAGUACAUUAGCCUUUCCGAUUGUCAGAGUUUGACCAAGCUUCCCAGUAGCAUCGGGGUGCUACAAGACUUGAGAUUUCUCAGUCUUCUCAGAACAAAUAUAAGUGUUGUACCAAGGGAGUUUUGUGGUCUAACUUCUUUGAGGAAAUUAUACGGAUUUCCAGCCCACAUGGACUGUGAUCACUGUAGUUUGGAGGAACUAGGGUCUCUCUCCCAGCUAACUGAACUUGAUAUCAGUUUCUUGGAGAAUGUAGCUUCUUCCUCAUCUGCUAUAGAGGCCAAACUUGGUGGAAAGAAGCGCCUAAGGUAUCUCUCACUUCAUUGCACCAGUAGACUUGGAGAUGAUGGCCUAUUGGUAAAAAAGGAAGAAGGGAUCUCUGAGAAAGCGAAGAGACAAAUCGAGGAGGUCUUUGAUGAGCUCUGCCCUCCGCAUGGCUUAGAACACCUUUCAGUCAACGGGUAUUUUGGUGAGCGGCUCCCAGGUUGGAUGAUGCCAGCAGCAGCAUAUAUGCCGCUUAGGAGCUUGAGGACUCUAAUGAUGGAUGACUUGGCCUGCUGCACGGAGCUUCCUAGUGGCAUGAGUCAGCUACCCUGCUUGGAGCUUCUGCAGAUUGUUCGUGCCCCGGCCAUCAAGUGUGUUCGCCUUGAAUGCCUACAACCAAACAAUCAAGUAGGUGUUGCGUUUCCCAGUCUACAGAAGCUGCGUUUUGUGGGAAUGUUCGAAUGGGAGGAAUGGGUGUGGGAGGAACAAGUGAAAGGCAUGCCUAUCUUGGAGUUGCUUAAACUGAAAAUGUGCAAGUUGAGGCGUGUGCCACCAGGCCUGGCCUUCCACGCAAGGGCUUUGAAGAAUUUAUAUAUAUAUGAUGUGAAGCAUCUAAGCUCUUUGGAGAACUUUGCUUCUGUGGUCCACCUCGAUGUGUUUAGAAACACUCACCUGGAGAGGAUCAGUAAUCUACCAAAACUGCAGAAGCUUGUCAUUCUCAUGUGCCCAAAGCUGAAGGUAGUGGAUGGCAUGCCUGCACUCCAGAGACUCGAACUGGGGGAUUAUGACAUGGAAACAGUCCCUAGGUAUCUGCAGGAUGUAAACCCAAGACAUUUGCUGCUGGAUUGUUCCUUAUCGCUGCUCACGUGUAUAGCAGCAGGAAAAUCUGGUCCUGAAUGGGAUAAGUUUCGCCAUAUCCAGCAAGUCAAAGCCUAUGCAAAUGAAGAAGGCUGUCCAAGGAAGUGGUAUGUGCUCUACACAAGGAACCCUUACCGCUUCGAGACAAAUAUCAGCCGCUCUGCUAUUGCCCAAGCUCACGGACGCCGCAUAUGGCUUGCUUACUCGGAAACAUGUCCCAUUGAAGAUGAGUGGCCCACAGGAGGACACACGUAUGUAGAAAAACGUAUGCCCCUCUGCGUACGCUUCAGGUGCAACGCCUAUCGCCACUUGAAUGGCUGGUUUGAUGAAGCGUGCCUGCACUGCCAUGAAGCCGACAACAUCGCUUCCCCAUCUGAUCAGUGGACCCAAGGAGAAGUGCUUUCAGCCCGUAUAAAGACUGUUUGGGCAUGAGUGGAGGAAACGUCUUUAGUUUAGUGUGAGUAUGUGCAUCUUGGCUAUUCCUUGAUCUGCUUCUGUACCUUGUGUAUAAGAUCCUCAGCUUGUGUAUGUUCAUUUUACUGCUUUUUAGGGGCUUGUGUUCGAUCUUAUACUGUAACAUCUAGAAUACGUUUAUUGCGUUAGAAGUGUAAAGUGGUAUAAUAAUAAUAAUUGUAAUUUUAUCCAUCACUCAAAUGAAUGAUCAGAGAUUUUAGAUGCGUAGAGCUCGUCGAAUGCUUUCAGUUGCACUACUCAUAUGUAUUGUUUGGAAUUUGGAUCAUGGAGAUAUAAAUUUCAGAAGUUUUAAGAAAGAAAAAAUAAACAGGACCUUUUACUGUAGUGUGACGCGUGGUGGCCUUUUAUAUCCGCUCCAAGGCCUUUAGGUUCCAUCCAUAGCUUUUCAUAUUCAGGAUAAAAAAAAGAGGAGAGGGGAGAAAAGAGAAAGGAGAAGGGAGAAGGGGAGGAUAGGGCCUAGGGUUUUGCCGCCGUCGUAGCCGCCGCCGCCGCUGUCGGUCAUCCGUGGUGGUCGUUCUUCCUUCCGUGGAAAAUACGGUUUGGUUCUACCUUGUAUCUUGGCUGUUCCAUUGAUCUACCAUGUCCCUUUUACUGUCCAUGAGGGCUUAGCCAUGUUUGGCGUAGAUCGGAAUAACAAGGCUUUUAUGGCGGCAAGGAUCGUGGCGAGUUGGAUCGGAGAUAAUGGAAAGGUGAAGAGGCGGAGAAGAAGGAGUAGACGCCAGGAGUUUCGGCGUCGUGCUCGCUGUGGUUCUCUAGGUGAGAAGCCAAAUAUUAAUCCCCUUCAUCUGAUCAAGUUUUGCGGAUUAAAUCGCUUAUUUGGGAUUGGGUUUAGUGGAGAAAUUCUUGAAGUCAUUUUCGUUCAUGUCCUGAAAUUCUCGUCAGACUGAGCAGUCACUGUUCAUCGUAAUGUUAGGGCAUUUUAGAGGCUUUAAUAAUUUUUGAGCCUGUGGACAAAGUUGUAGAGGACUUCAAUAUCUUUCUUUAGACGCCAAGAACUCUGUCAGAGCAGUUAUAAUUUGUGAGAUAUCGAGUUUUCAAUCUGACUGUUUUCCAGUGACGAAAAUCUGGACAGUUUUGGAU